GCGCGCUCCUCAUGGCCGCGGGGAUGAGCUCCGAUGUGUCCGACCCGGUGGCUCUGACAGCCCCCAGCAACCCGGUGACGCCAGGCCCCGGGCAGGUGAGGGUGAUAGGAGCGGUGCCUGCCCGCGGAGGGAAGCGACGGUCGGGACUGGAUUUUGAUGAUGAAGAUGGAGAAGGGCCUAGCAAAUUUUCAAGAUGUGACUGUUGCAACAGUUGCUUCAUACUUCAGCAUGCCUCUGAAUGUGAAAGGUUUGGGUCCAAGACCCUAGUGAAGGCAUGAGUCAUUUUCAUUUACGGGAAUUAGGCAUUAUGAAAGAGAAUCACAGUGAAAUUGAGAGACGACGUCGAAACAAAAUGACUGCUUACAUCACAGAAUUGUCUGACAUGGUACCAACGUGCAGUGCUUUAGCACGUAAACCUGAUAAACUGACGAUUCUUCGCAUGGCUGUCUCUCAUAUGAAGUCUUUAAGGGGAACAGGAAAUACUUCGACUGAUGGUGCCUAUAAACCUUCAUUCCUAACAGAACAGGAGUUGAAGCAUCUUAUUUUGGAGGCAGCAGAUGGAUUCCUUUUUGUCGCUGCGUCUGAGACUGGAAGAGUCAUCUAUGUAUCGGACUCUGUUACACCCGUUUUAAACCAUCCACAGUCUGAAUGGUUUGGAAGCACUUUGUAUGAUCAAGUUCAUCCAGAUGAUGUUGAGAAGCUCAGAGAGCAGCUGUCUACAUCAGAAAGUUCUAUGACAGGUCGUAUUCUGGAUCUGAAGACUGGGACAGUUAAAAAGGAAGGGCAGCAGUCUUCCAUGAGAAUGUGCAUGGGAUCUAGACGUUCCUUUAUUUGUAGAAUGAGGUAUGGAACAGCUCCUCUGGAACACAUCUCACUGAGUAGACUGACUGUUCUGCGAAAGAGAUACAGGAAUGGUUUGGGACCUGUGAAGGAAGGAGAGUCACAGUACUCAGUGGUUCAUUGCACUGGAUAUAUCAAGGCUUGGCCACCAGCAGGAAUGAACAUUCCAGAGGAGGAAUCAGAUGGUGGGCAAGGCAGUAAAUUUUGCCUAGUUGCAAUUGGACGCCUUCAGGUCACCAGCUCACCUGUGUGCAUGGAUAUGAAUGGCCUCACCAUACCCACAGAGUUCUUGUCCAGGCAUAAUUCAGAUGGACUCUUCACAUUUGUGGAUCACAGAUGCAUCACUGUCAUUGGCUACCAGCCACAGGAGCUACUGGGAAAGGAUAUUGUAGACUUUUGCCAUCCUGAAGAUCAAAGCCAUGUGCGGGACAGUUUUCAACAGGUUGUGAAAUUGAAAGGGCAAGUCCUAUCAGUGAUGUACCGUUUUCGAACAAAAAGCAGGGAAUGGUUAUGGAUACGGACAAGCAGUUUUACUUUCCAGAAUCCCUACUCAGAUGAAAUUGAAUAUAUCAUCUGCACCAACACAAAUGUAAAGCAACUUCAGCAACAACAACAAGCUGAGCUGGAAGUUGGUCCAAGGGAAGGUCUACCUUCCUAUGACCCUUCACAGGUCCCUGUUUCAUCUGUUUCUGCUGGUGUCCAAGAGCAUGGAAAAUCAAUGGACAAAACAGACCCCUUAUUUUCACAAGACAGAGACCCCAGGUUCAGCGAUAUCUAUAGUGGUAUUUCACCUGGUGAAAAGAAGACAAUGUCAUCACCGUCAGCUGCAGGAAGCCAACAGAUCUACUCACAAGGAAGCUCAUUCCAGCCUGGGCGUGCAGGACAAACGUUCAGCACUUCAAUGGUACCUGGUGGAAACAUCAUUCAGCAGACAUCCUCAGCAGGUCAAAUUUUAGCGCAGAUAUCUCGCCAAUCAAAUGCUAAUCAGGUCUCUGCAACAUCCUGGACUGGAAGUCGACCGCCUUUCUCCGGGCAGCAAGUGGCCUCCCAAUCCAGUAAGGGACAGUCACCACCUUUCGCCAUGGGAUCAAGUCAUAGUUUUCCUGCAGACCCAGCUACUUUCAGUCCCCUCUCCAGUCCUGUGUCUACGUCUUCACCUGGAGGACCUUCUUAUACCAGUCUGGCAAAUCGAUCCACUAGUUUUGCUGAGAGUGGACAAAGUAGUGGGCAGUUCCAGGGCAGAUCCUCCGAAGGCUCGGCAGUAUGGUCUCAGUGGCAAGCCCAGCAUCACAAUCAACAGGCCAAUGAGCAGCAUACACACCAACAACAAGCACAACCUGAGGUCUUUCAGGAUAUGUUGUCCAUGCUCGGAGAUCCAACACAAGGCACUGGAAAUUACAACAAUGAGGACUUUGCUGAUCUAAGCAUGUUCCCAUCAUUUUCUGAAUAAAUACUUCAAUAAAUCUCCAGUGCUCAGUAAAAAGUGAGCACUUAAAGUGAAGUAAAGAUCUUCAGCUUAGGAACUAGUUUUCAAAAGCUUGAGCCACUUAAAUAAAAUCAAAUGGAGUUAAUUCAGUAACAAUAGCUAACAAUAUUGAACAUUCCCAGCAAGAAACUGUGGACCUACAACAAACUUAUGAAUUGUAAUGAAUACUGAGGUGUUCCCAAAUAUUGUAAGAUCACUCCCACCACUACCCAGUGAGAAAAUGGUUACAAUACCACAGUUGUUAUUUGACCAAUUCUCAACAGUUAGAAUGUUAUUGCUCUGCUUUCACAAUGUAAUGACAGUGAAACUGUUGGCAUUCACCAUCAUUACUCUGUGUAAAUAACAAUUUAAGGAUUUCUGUACGUGCUUUUAUAAAUGGAAGUCUAGAAGUUCUGUCAGUGAUGUGCCCCAACCAACAACUGCACUGCAUUUCUGGACUCCUCAUGAGUUUGGUGUGGGAGAGGAAACUGGGCUAAAAACCCAGCAGUUACUUCACAGAGAAUUCUGUGCCAGGUCUAAGGAGACACCAUUGAUUUGAAUAGAAGAGACCAACUACAUGAGUCUAAGGUAAAAGUCCAGUAAUUUAAAAAAAAUAUAGUUAAUUAAAAAUGCUCAUAUCUUUGCAGGAUUUUUAAAAAAAUCUUUAAUUUCUUAAUUUAGAAUUUUUUAAUGUUUAAAAGUGUUUAUUCUAAGCUUGAGUUUUUAAUUUUCUAAUUUAUUUAAAUUUUAUUUUGCUUUUUACAGUUUUUCAAUGUUUUUUGAAUGUCUCAAACUUUCAUUGUUUUUGAAAGAUUGAAUGCUUUGACAGUUCUGGUCAGGUCUUGGGAUGUUUCCUACUGGACAGUUAAUUCUUUCUCUCAUUUUGUGGCCAGGGCUACCUCUGCCACAUGGUAGUCCUUGUGUCACGGGAAGCCCUAACCUGGCGCAGGGACCUUGCCAAGAGGAUCCUCCCAGGGGUUUCUGCAGAUUCCCACUGGGAGGAUUGCUCUUAAUUUUUAUUGGUCAUAGUUGGGUUGCCACUGACUGUACAGUCUGCCCAGUGUUUGAGUCUGAAUCAUACCAGUUCUAUUAACUGCAAUGCAUUGCUGAGGAAAUGGGAAUCAUAAUAUGAAGAAGGCAACAAAAGGAAAAUUAUAGUUUGACUUGCAGAAUAUUUUUAAGUCAAAUAAAAAAAAAUGAAAUAUUCUACCGUUCGUAGACAACAAAAUGUAUAAAUGACAUCUGUGGCAUAGGGAACGAUUCAACAAACAAGGAAUGUCUCUUUGUACUGCAGUUGUUCGAUAUGAUCCUUCUCCAUGCAUAUGAAAUGAUUCAUUGUUAACCACUGGGUUGUUACAAUAAUCCAUUUGUAACCUCCAAUACUGUUAGGAUGCUUUGAAAACCAAGACUGUUCAAAUGCCAAGUGUGGGAGUUUUUGUCACUUUAGAAAAGGAAAGUGCCCAAUAUCCUGAAAGUGCCAAUUCUUGAAAGAAAGAGAAGGACCAACAAAUCCUUCCAUUUCACUCCUUCCCACCUGCCAAACAAAGAUACCAUUCUCUAACUUUCCAAGUUCACUCGAGAGAUCAAUCUCACAGCUGGCUGCAGCAGACUAAUUAUAUUUAGUUCAUUUCUUCAAGGGCUCAUUUUUAUAUUCAUUAUUAAAAUUGAGAAAGGUGCCAUCAAAUUCAUGCUUUAACUUCAAUGUCUUGCAAUCAGUGCUAUGUGUGAUGUUGUCUGAGUCUCUCUGUAGUCUCCGUAAGUCCUCAGUGGUGUUUCUCAGUCUUACAUACAGCGGGCUAUUUUUGUAUUAGGAUCAGCAGUACUAAUGAAACCAAGUAAACAGUUUAAGCAAGAAGUUGGGAACUUUGAUGUCAUAAUGAGAAUAGUAAGAUUGUGGUCACUCUGAAUUCAUUUAGCAUUUACCGUCUGCAAAUUUAGGGAACAGCGAUAAUACACCCAAGCCAAAAAUACAAUUUAGUAACCUUUCCUAAAUUCUAAAACAGAGAAGCUCCUUAAGAUGCUCUGUGAAAAGAACAGAUCUCCCUUACAAUAAACUUAUUUAUAGCUGAAAGUCACUCCCUGAAUAUACUUCAUUAUAUUUGCACCAGAUAAUUUUCCAUUGUAAAGUGAAAGAUUGUAAAGCCAAGCUUUUUGAAUUCACUAAAUAUGCAAACACUGUUGAUUUCAAAAAAUAUCAAAAUAACGAUUACAUUUAAAAACCUGUCUUUAUAAUAUUGAUUUGGUUUAGAUGAUACUGCAAAUGUGAAAAGAAACUAGAGUUUAACUAGAAUUUUUCUGACCAUGUUGUAGUUGCUAGCUGUCUUCUUUCUUUCAAGAGCACCUUCAGAAGACUCUUGCAUGGAUUUAGUGUUCGUAUUGGCUGGUAGUUGUCCUCACCUCUGCACACCUGGUCCCAUUGCUGAACAGAACCAAAUGUGCUGAAGUGAGUCAUCUGGCAGGGAAUACUGCUGCAUGUAUUUGACACCAGCUACCGAAGAUGAACAUCUCCCCUACAACUUAACUUCCCUCAUUUUGAUUUACAGUGGCUUAAGGCAUGGGAAUCAAGUCUUUGCCACUUUGCGGAACAAAGUAUUUAAGUGUUGAUCUAGGAAAUGUCCUUAUGCAAUUAAAAUGAAAUUUCCACAUUUGUUUCCUGUGGUUCAACUAAAGGAAGUUACUCAUAAUACCUAAUAAAAUGCACCUGUGGUAUGGGCUGGUGAUUGAGUUAUAUCACACAAAAAAACUAGAUACAACAAAAGGAGUGAAUUUUAGAGGGAAAGGAUAAGAAGAUUUCUGCUCUUCACAAGUUGGUGAGUUAUUGUGUAACUUGUGAGGCCAAUCCCACCAAUGAACUGUACUGGUCUUUUAGAUUAUAGGAGGAUGGUGACACUUCCAUCAAAUUAUUUCCUUUGUCUCUGAGAAAAUAAGGCCAGAAUAAUUAAAAGCCCCUAUACUCUUCCACUAUCAAUGAAGGAAAACCUCUCAAAGUAUUUCCUCUCACUAGACAAUGUUAAAAGAAUACUAAUAAUUACAAAUAUCCAUAUUGGAAAUAACUAUUAAAGAUGAAAAUGAACACAGAUUCAGAAUUCUGUGCAAUUUGGCUUCUUUCAUUUUAUUUGAGUUCUUUCCCUCUUAUAAUUCCUUUUCAAUAAUGUUCAGUCAAACCUGCCAAUCAUCAGUUACGUCUUUUGUCCACUCAGUCACAUUAAAACCAAGAUAGAACAAUAAAAUAACAAAAGAUUGCACAUCUGUGAUACCUUUAACAUGAGAUUCCCGUAAGCUUCACUGGAGAAAUGUCAAACAGAUAACCAAAAAUGUGGUCAAUGAGGAAGGUUUUAAGAAGUGACUUAAAGUGGAAAUUGAUAAGUGAGGUUUGGGGAGCUGGGGCUUAGUUGGUGAAGGGCAUGGCAGCCUCUGCUGGAUAGAAGCUAAAUCAGGAUGCACAGAUGCCCAAGCAGGAGGAGUGAAGAUAUUGGGAAGUGUAGGCCUGGAGAGGAUCAGAGAGAUGUGGAUUUGAUCACAAGGAGGGGAAUUAGAAAGUCAAGAUCUUUCUGGAGUUGGAUUUGGAGUCAGUAGACAACUACUUUAACACUGGGGUCAGGGUUAAGUCAUCGCAAUAACAAGGGACUGUCUAAGAAGAAGAAGAAAAAAUUACUAAUGAUCUUCACUGACAUCUAACCAAUCAGGAGGCUUCACUGUGAUACUAAACCAUUAGUGAGGCCAAUAUAGGCAUCCAUAGCCCUACCUUUACUGUACAAAAUCCUGUAGUUUUAUUUUUGUAGUUGCUCUGAGUCUGAGUGCUUCAAGUAUUAAACAAUUUCUCAUUCUCCCCACCUUCUGGAGCUGAUGUUCUUGAAGAAAUCUUGGUUCCAGCCAGAUUUGCUUAGAAAUCUGACUUGGCCUUGUCGAUCAUGAGUCAUAGGCUGUGCAAACUUACUUAAGGUCACCAAUUCCUGCAAUAGGAUCUAUAACUUAAACAUGUUAAAAUAAAUUCUUGCUGUUUUAAGAAGUUAUCAGUAUUGAAAAAUUUUCUUGUUAAUUUAAGCACCCUUGUCAAGUUGAUGUUUUUAUUGAGUAAUCUAUGUUGAGCAAAUGUUGAGUGUAACAUGUUAAACCUGUUUAAUGUUAAAGCUUUCGCUUAAUGCAUUAGAUUAAAAGCUAAUUUCUGCAUAAUCUAAGCGUGGAAAUAGAUAAUAAAAAUGGAACUGUAAAUAGUUGUAUUAGGAGCACAGUGAAUCAGUGUUUUAGCAAAUGUUCUGUAUUUUCAGUGUUUUGUAAGUACUUUUGAUGUAAUUUCAUGUAAUGUAGCAUUCUGAUUUCUGCAAAAGUGCUUUUAUUUUUGUAUAUUGUAGUAUCAUUUAAUUAACUAUGUUUCAUUAAGGAAAAAUGUAACUCCACCAAUAAAUGUGCUGCUUAAGUCAG